UAAAUGGAGAGUUCAAUAGUACCACCUCAAACAGACAAUUCCCAUGCUGUUAAAGAAGAGAAGUUGAUCUUUAAAGAAAUCAAUGAAAUUGCAAGAAUGCUGGCAAAUAAUUUACAUUUCAACUCUUUUGGAGCAGAUAUGGAAAAUGAAGAAGAAGACUCAUUUUCAGACUCUGGUUCAGACGAAGAUAUAGGUACUGAAUAUGAAAGCUUGAAUCUUGAACUUGAUUUUUAUUAUCCGGAUGAAAUCAACUUCCUGAAGAAAAAGCUCUUUGUAGAUUCGUUUGAUUUCAAGAGACUAGCUUUACAAGGAGUAAAAAGACAAAAUCACCUUAUUGCUAAUUUUUUAAACUCCUCAUUUCCUAAAUCAAUCAAAAGUUUUAGGAUGGGAGCUAAAGAAAAAUUAUGAGUUCCUAUUUCAAAUUAUUUCAACCAAAUAACCAGAAUUGGUUGCAAAGUUCAUAAGGAGAUUUUCUUGGUGGGAUUUCAAAUGAGUCUUCCACAAUUGAAGAGAUUCAUAACUUCUUUUAAGCAAACUGGAGAAUUAUAUUUUCGUCUUUGUGAAUUCGGAAUAACUGCUAUCCCUGAUUUUUCCACAUGCUUGGAAGGCACUACAAUUCAAAGAUUCGAUUUCAUAGAAACAAGAUUUACAAACCACCCUGACCCAGAACCCAACCAAGAAGGCUUCAAAAACCUAAUCCAAGGCCUCACAUCCUCUCCCUCCUUCCUUCUCAGCUUCAAAGAACUGGACAUCCGUUACUCCCAAAUCCCCCAUAAACACCUCAAAAAAAUCCUUUCCCAACACCACUUGGCCCACAUCUACCUAAUCUAACUCAUUCCUACUCCCCACUCAAAUUUCU